AUGCUCCCGCGGCCCAGCCAUCCCCUCGUGCACCCGGACCCGGAGGCUGCUGCUGCUGCGGCGUCGGCGGAGCAGGGGCAGGCUCCAGCUGCAGGAGCUCAGGGCCCGGCUCCAGCUGCAGCGGUGGCUCAGGGGCAGCCGGCUGCGGCGGCGGCGCAGGGGCAGGGGCAGGGGCAGGGCCCGGCUCCGGCUGCGGCGGCGCAGGGGGGAAACGCGAACGGGGACGCGCCGCCGCCCGGGGUGCUGAUGGUGGACCUGCUGGGGGCGCCGGGGACGCGCUGGGGGCUCGGCACCCGCCUCGCGCAGGCCGUCUUCGCGGCCGCCGCCGUCGCCUCCAUGGCCUCCACCGACGACUUCCGCGUCGUCACCGCCUUCAGCCUCCUCAUCGCAGCAGCAAGCCUGCAAUGCCUGUGGAGCCUUGCUCUGGGCGCUGUGGACAUCUACGCACUUCUUGUCAAGCGUGCCUUCCGGUCUCCUCGAGCUACCACCAUGUACUCCAUCGGGGACUGGGUAAGUCCAGGUGCGCUGACGUUCGCUGCAGCAAGUGGAUCGGCAGGCAUCACCAUUCUCCUCAACGACGACCUGAUGAUGUGCUCGGAGAACCACUGCCCAAGCUUCAUGGCCGCCACCGCCAUGGCUUUCUUUAGCUGGUUUGCGAUCGCGCCGUCCUGCCUCUUUAACCUCAUGAUGGCGGUCUACAGAGUGCAGAGAGCUUAGUAGUUCGCGGGGCAAGCACUGGGCUGUUUGACCAACUAGGUGGCACAUCUGAUACAGUUAUACAAUGGCACCGCAUUAUCGACAUUUCUGUAGUAACUAGGGAGUACAUAACUCUGAUGUUCAGAAGGGUGGCUGUGAAGCUCUGCGUUCUGUUUUCAGCAGCGUGUGGAUGCAUGCCUUCUUAUUAUGUGAGGCUUGGCUGGAGGUUGUGAUCUGGAGAUGAACUAACUGAUGUGCUACUUUGUGUAGAGC